AUGGCUACAAUCACAACGUUGGAAGAUUUUGACCUGGAGAAGCGAGAUUGGUACUACUCGUCCAAUGGUGGUGCGAAGUAUGCAUUUUUGGCAUUCAUAAUAGCGGCGGUGGCAAUCAUCUUUCUGAUGAUGUGCUUCGUUAACAUCAGGCGCAUAAAGGCAGGAAGGCGACCGCUAGUUUCCAGAUAUUUAGCACCACCAUCUUACGUGCAAUCUCAACAGCAGUAUCAGAACAAUGCACCCCCACUACCUACAUAUACAGAAGCACCAAAUCCAACGCAAGAUGCUGGAUAUUACGACAAUCAGGGAAAUUUCGUUGCUGCCAAACCAGGGGAUCUUCAGUAUCCCCCUCCAGCAGUUUCAGUACCCAAUGCUGCUGAAGGUUGUCAGUAUCCACCGGUCGGCGGUGAGAUGAAUGCACAAACAUCAUACUCAUCACCCUACCAGAACCAAAACACGCCCACAAAUAAUCCAGAAACUACGGGCAUUGAAGCUGCACAUAUUAACGUGAAUCGUCCAAAAGAUACGGCAACCAAUCAACAAUCAAACUCAUACACACUGGGACAGGGAAAUAGUGACUCACAUAACACAAAUGAUCUUCCUGCUGGAUAUUAUUCUCCUCCUCAGGGACCGCCACCUGCUCAUUCAAGAACAUAA